AAUUCUAUAUAAGCAACACCGUACCGGCAUUUUGACAAUUUUGGUAUCUGAGAUACUGCGAUAAACAGGCGAAUUAGCCUAGCGAAGUAUCAAUUCUUUGUCCUGUGUUCUUGAGUUUUCAGCUUUAAUCUACUUCUCUUGAAGAUGCCUGAAGACGUGCAGAUGCAAGAUGAUGCCGAGGCAGAAACCUUCGCAUUUCAAGCGGAGAUCGCUCAGUUGAUGAGCUUGAUCAUCAACACCUUCUAUUCCAAUAAAGAAAUCUUCUUAAGAGAAUUGAUUUCCAACUCCUCGGAUGCUCUUGACAAAAUAAGGUAUGAGAGUCUGACUGAUCCUUCCAAACUUGACAGCUGCAAGGAGCUGUAUAUUAAGAUCAUUCCCAACAAGGAAGACAGAACCUUGACGAUCAUUGAUACUGGUAUUGGAAUGACCAAAGCUGACCUAGUCAAUAACUUGGGAACUAUUGCAAAGUCUGGUACUAAAGCUUUUAUGGAAGCCCUGCAGGCAGGUGCUGAUAUCUCUAUGAUUGGACAGUUUGGUGUUGGUUUCUACUCUGCUUACUUAGUAGCUGACAAAGUCACUGUUACCUCUAAACACAAUGAUGAUGAGCAAUACACGUGGGAAUCUUCUGCUGGUGGCUCCUUCAUUGUACGCCCUGAUCACGGUGAACCUUUGGGUCGUGGAACCAAAAUUGUUUUGUUCUUAAAAGAUGACCAACAGGAGUAUGUAGAGGAACGAAGAAUUAAAGAAGUAAUUAAGAAGCACAGUCAGUUCAUUGGGUAUCCUAUCAAAUUAGUUGUACAAAAAGAAAGGGAAAAGGAAGUAUCUGAUGAUGAGGCAGAAGAAAAAGAAGCUGAAGAGGAAGAAAUGAAGGAAGAUGAAGACAAGCCUAAAGUUGAAGAUGUAGGCGAGGAAGAUGAGGAUAAAGAUAAGGCUGACAAAAAGAAGAAAAAGAAAAUCAAGGAAAAAUAUACUGAAGAUGAAGAACUGAACAAGACCAAACCUAUCUGGAUGAGGAAUCCUGAUGAUAUUAGCCAGGAAGAGUAUGGUGAAUUCUAUAAGAGCCUGACAAAUGACUGGGAAGAUCAUUUAGCUGUAAAACACUUCUCUGUUGAAGGUCAGCUAGAAUUCAGAGCACUGCUUUUUGUUCCCAAGAGGGCUCCUUUUGAUUUAUUUGAAAAUAGGAAGCAAAAGAAUAACAUCAAGUUGUAUGUAAGGAGGGUUUUCAUCAUGGACAAUUGUGAAGACUUGAUCCCAGACUACUUAAAUUUCAUUAAGGGUGUAGUAGAUUCUGAAGAUUUACCUUUGAAUAUCUCUAGAGAAAUGUUGCAGCAAAAUAAAAUCCUUAAAGUCAUCAGGAAGAACUUGGUCAAGAAAUGUUUGGAACUCUUCGAUGAAAUAGCUGAAGAUAAAGACAUGUACAAGAAGUUCUAUGAACAGUUCAGCAAGAAUAUCAAGUUGGGUAUCCAUGAAGAUUCUACUAACCGUAAGAAGCUUGCUGAAUUCCUAAGGUAUUAUACUUCAAUGUCUGGAGAUGAAUAUUGUUCAUUGAAAGAUUAUGUAUCUCGAAUGAAGGAGAACCAGAAAAGUAUCUAUUUCAUUACUGGAGAAAACAAAGAUCAAGUUGCUAACUCUGCUUUUGUUGAGCGGGUAAGGAAACGUGGUUUCGAAGUCAUUUACAUGACGGAGCCUAUUGAUGAAUACUGCGUACAACAAUUGAAAGAAUAUGAUGGCAAGACUCUGGUUUCUGUCACUAAAGAAGGUCUAGAGCUGCCUGAAGAUGAAGAGGAGAAAAAGAAACGAGAAGAGGACAAGGCUAAAUUUGAGAACCUAUGCAAGAUCAUUAAGGACAUUCUUGACAAACGUGUUGAAAAGGUUGUUGUAUCAAACAGAUUAGUUACUUCUCCUUGCUGUAUUGUUACAAGCCAGUAUGGUUGGAGUGCCAAUAUGGAGCGUAUCAUGAAAGCCCAAGCAUUGAGAGAUUCUAGCACAAUGGGUUACAUGGCUGCUAAGAAGCACUUGGAAAUCAAUCCGGAUCAUCCAAUCAUAGAAAAUCUAAGGCAGAAGGCUGAAGCAGACAAGAAUGACAAGUCUGUUAAGGAUCUUGUGAUGCUGCUCUUUGAGACUUCUCUCCUAUGCUCUGGCUUUGCCCUGGAGAAUCCUCAGACUCAUGCUUCUCGCAUCUAUCGCAUGAUCAAGUUGGGCUUGGGUAUUGAUGAAGAGGAAGUAAGUGGUGCCAGUGGUGAUGCAGCUGUUGAAGAAAUGCCUUCACUAGAAGGUGAUGAUGAGGAUGCAUCAAGGAUGGAAGAAGUAGAUUAAAAUGUCAUGUGAUAAAAUGAUGGACUUAAUUUUCAAAUUCGUGUAUAUACGUGGAUGUAAAGCUGUCUAAUUUAACACGGAACAUCUUUCAUUCCAUUUUUUUGUAUAUUCAUUCUAGUUUCAAAUAAAUUUUUGUUUACAGUUGCUAUAAA